CUAGGAGCUGGAGCGGGAGCGCGGCGACCGUGUGCCUCCGCGCGCCCGAGGGGAGCCGAACCUCGGAGGAAGGGGCGGAUCGGGCGCGGUGUUUGGGACGGAGCGGGGCGCGCGGCGCUCGAAGCACCCACUCGGCGCAUUCCGGGGCUGGUGGAGACAGCAUGGGUACUGCUGCGACCGCACCCCUCGAGCCGUAGAUUCGCAGGCCCACGGCAGUCCGACUCGACGGCGUCCCCAUUGGUCCAUUUUGAGGCUGUUCUUAACAUGGUGUCCUCAUUGUCAAGUAGACAGUCUCUUCCUAGAUGGAUAUGAUAUCGUCUCUUUUGAUCACUGUUCCUGAUUGUGGCUUUGUCCAAGCAUUAAAUUGCGUGCCUUUUGUUCCUUGAAGAAGGAGGUACUGGGAUACCACAGUAUCAUAUAAUUCCUCUCACCAAAUACACUGGUGCUAACGAGUCCCAACUCAGCCCCUGGACCCAUCUCAGAACUCUGGAUUCAUUCUCUUCCUUCCCAUACCUCAGCCCAAGCUUUCUAUCUCCUCAAAGGGUACCACAUGAUCUUACGCUCAAGUCCUCACUUUCUAGAAUCUCAAGAUGAAGAAACGAAGACAGAGAUUGAGACUUGUCUAGAGUAACACAAACCAGUGAGUUAAUGUGGGAAAAAUUCUGGUAUUUUGAAGAUGUCUUGGCACAGUAUUGUUUCCUGUUUAAAUUACAAGUAACUUCAGUUUUUAGAGAAAAAAGAAGUUGGGAUUUUUUUUGUAAAAUCAUGCCAUCUGAACAGAAACCGUUAUUUUUUGAUGAAAAACAAACUACUUUAAAAAAUUACAAUGUGAAAAAUGAGAUAGUGGGUACUAUCAGAUCAGUACCUAGGCAAAAAAUUGUAGAAAGUAGUUUUCAUUAUGAACUAAAAAAUGUGAAAAUUGAUUUGCCGAAGAUACAUAUUCCAAAUGAAGUCUUUUUGAAACAUGAAGUUGACAAAUACAGAAAAUUAUUUCAGCGUCAACCACAGACUGCAAGAAAAUCUAUCAGUGUAAAGACUGUAAGCUGUGUAGAAGAGUGUAUGUUGCUCCAUAAGUCUGAGAGAGUUGAAGAAGAGGGUUUAAAAAUGUCUGCAAAAAUACUCAAUUUCACCUGUUUAAAAUGCCGAGAUAGCACUCGAUAUAGUCCAAAUGAUUUGCAGAAACACUUUCAAAUGUGGCACCAUGGUGAAUUACCUUCCUAUCCUUGUGAAAUGUGCAGUUUUUCAGCAAAUGACUUCCAGAUAUUUAAACAACACAGACGGACACAUAGAAGCACUUUAGUAAAAUGUGACAUUUGUAACAAUGAGAGUGUAUAUACUUUAUUAGACUUGACAAAGCAUUUUGCAUCCACACAUUGUGUAAAUGGUAGUUUUCAAUGUGAAAAGUGCAGAUUCUCCACCCAGGAUGUUGGCACAUUUGUUCAGCACAUUCAUAGACAUAAUGAAAUCCAUUAUAAAUGUGGUGCGUGCCAUCAUGUAUGUUUUACCAAAGGAGAGCUUCAGAAGCACCUUCAUGUUCAUUCUGGUACAUUUCCCUUCACUUGUCAAUAUUGUAGCUAUGGUGCUACUAGGAGAGAGCACCUGGUGAGACAUGUUAUAACUUUGCACAAAGAACAUUUAUAUGCGAAAGAAAAACUGGAAAAAGACAAAUAUGAAAAGAGGAUGGCAAAGACUUCAGCAGGACUUAAGCUGAUACUGAAAAGAUACAGAAUAGAUGCAUCAAGGAAGACGUUCUGGAAACGCAAAAAGAUCAACAACGGAAGUGACAGAAGUAUAGAAAAAAACACUCAAGUGCUCAAAAAAGUGAACAAAACACAGGCUAAAUCUGAAGACCAGAGCCAUCUUGUUCAAGAGCAUUUAAAUGAAGAAAAGGAUGAAAGACCACACUGUGAGAAUAGUGAUAAACCUGCUGAGUCAGAGUCAGAAAAGUCAACUCUUCUGUCCACUGGGCAAUGUAAUAGAGUUGAAGAGGGAUCAAAUUCUACUCUAGGUUUCUUGAAGACUGCUGUACAAGGACCUACAGUGUUAAUGGUGAAAAAUAAUAGAAUAACAAUUCCUGCUAACUACAGUGCUGAUUUUAUGGGCUUUAAGAUGGUGGAUGGAAAACAACAUAUAGUAAUAAAAUUGUUACCUACCAAUAAACAGAAUUUAUAUUCACCAGGCUCACAGUCAGAUGCUACAAAGGAGAGUACUACCAAUUUGCAGCACCGGACUUUGGACACUACUGGAUUUUUAGCAGGAGUAACAACUGAAUUAAGUGACACAGUUUACAUGAAAGCAACUACCCCAUUUUCAUGUUCAUCUCCUAUACUUUCAGGGAAAGUAAUGUCAGAAAAAGAAAUGGCUUUGCUAUCUCAAACAAGUAAUAUGCUUCAAACGAUGGAUGAUGAAAAAAAUGUGUCGUCUUUGUCAGCAUCAGAAUUGGUUUCAGCAUCAGUGAAUUUGACCACAAAAGCUGAAACAAAAGAUAAUAUUGACCUGUGGGGAAGUUAUAUUACUCAGAGUCACCCUGAGAUGUCAGGUGCUGCCAUUAGAAGUCCAGAUAAAGUCAACUCUACUACCAAACAAAAUGCAUCUAACAGUGGGGAUAUGCAUAACUACUGCAUUAAUUACGUCAACUCUGAGUUACCUGUUGAAUCUUCCAACCAAGGAUCAUUGCCCUUUCAUAAUUACUCAAAAGUAAAUAAUUCUAAUAAACGGCGUAGAUUUUCAGGAACAGGAAUGUGUGAAAACCCUCAAAAAGAACCUUCAUCAAGCAAGACAGUUGUUCAGCAACCAAUUAGUGAAUCAGUUUUGUCUCUAGUGAGGAAAGAGAGCUCAAAUCCAGAUAGCAUGUUAGCAUCUAUUAGCCUUUUGAAUACUAAAGAUGGAACUUUAAAAAUGCAAGCUGAAAUUGAAGAACAGUGUGUUUUAGAAAAAGGACAAAACAGCGACGGACAGAACUUAUACACUAAUGAAAAUCAAAAUUUAGAGAGCUUGACUGAAAAAUCUAAGUGGGAUAACAUUUCUAAUGUUGAGUCACCUAUGAUGCCUAGAAUCACCUCUGUUUUCUCUCUCCAGAGUCAACAGGCAUCAGAAUUUUUGCCGCCUGAAGUAAACCAGUUACUUCAGGAUGGAUUAAAAAGAAAAUCUGAGGUAAAACAAGACUCUAGUAAUAGUAACACCCCAGAUAAAGGCUUGCCACUUCAUUGUGACCAGUCAUUUCAGAAACUUGAGGGAGAAGGCAAAAUAGUUGAAUCUUCAAAAGACUUCAAAGUACAAGGCAUUUUCUCUAUUCCAUCUGGUAGUAUAGGGAUUAAUGUGCCUACCAAUGAUCUGAAUUUAAAAUAUAGUGGGAAAGAAAAACAAAAUCUGUCAAUAUCACAAGAUGUGAGAGAUUCAGAAAAGACACCUAGAAUUUCAGGUAUUGGCACAUUACUUAAGACUCAGUCAGAUGCAAUAAUAACACAGCAGCUUGUAAAAGAUAAACUGCGAGCCACUACACAAAAUUUAGGUUCUUUAUAUAGGCAGAGUCCACUUCUGAAUUCAGAACCAAAAAAGGCUAUAUUUGUUCAGACUCCAAAAGGCUUUUUUGUACCAUUGCACAUUGCUAACAAGCCUGGAUUACGUGUUGUUUCAGGAAGGCCACUUCCAUUGGUUAAUACACAAGGUCUACCUGCUUCUCUUCUUUUAAACAAGAAACCUGGGAUGAUUUUAACAUUUAAUAAUGGGAAACUUGAAGGUGUUUCCACUGUCAAAACUGAGAGUGCUCAGGCUUGUGGAACUACAGCUAAGGAGCCUUGCAGAAUACCUUUUUUAAAGGUAGAACGAAACAGUAAUUGUCUGACGCCUGCACUUUGUUCCAGCAUUGGCAGUUGUUUGAGCAUGAAAAGUAGCUCAGAAAAUACUUUGCCAUUAAAAGGCCCUUACAUCAUCAAAACAGCAAAUUCUUCAGCGAAAGCUGUUCCUACUCCUAAUACGGUACCUGAGCAUCAGGGCACCAAGUUGAAUAUCUUGGACUCAGUAAAACAGCAGAAUGAGAUUUUUCCAAAACCACCUCUUUAUACCCUCUUGCCUGAUGGCAAACAAGCUGUUUUUUUAAAGUGUGUGAUGCCAAAUAAGACUGAGCUGCUUAAGCCUAAAUUAGUCCAAAAUAGUACAUAUUAUCAAAACAUACAGCCAAAGAAACCUGAAGGAACACCACAGAAAAUAUUGCUGAAAAUUUUUAACCCUGUUUUAAAUGUGACUGCUGCUAACAAUCUGUCUGUAAGCACCUCUGCAUCCUCAUUGCAGAAAGACAAGGUACCAUCUAAUCAGACUACAGGAGGAGAGCAGAGAGAGCCAGAAUCUUCUAGAGAUGCCUUACCCUUCUUACUAGAUGAUAUGAUGCCAGCAAAUGAAAUUGUGAUAACUUCUACUGCAACAUGCCCAGAAUCUUCUGAGGAACCAUUAUGUUUCACUGACUGUUCAGACACCAGGGUAUUAAGGUGUAAAACAAAUUGUACAAUCGAGAGAAGCUUCAAUAGAAAAAAGACUUCGAAAAAAAAUUUUUCAAGAGUAAAAACUCAUGCAAGAAGUAAAGAUUCUGAAACUGCCUUUGUAUCUAGAAACAGAAACUGUAAACGAAAGUGUAGGAAUAGUUACGAAGAACCUCCAAGAAAAAAAGCAACAUUACAUAGAAAGUGUAAAGAAAAGUCUAAACCUGAAGAUGCCCGUGAAUCAUUUGAUUUUAGCAGACCAAGGCUUUCAAGAGAUUCAGUCAGAACUUUGCGGCUUUUCCCCUUUAGUUCCAAACAGCUUGUGAAAUGUCCUAGGAGAAACCAACCAGUUGUAGUUUUGAAUCAUCCUGAUGCAGAUGCACCAGAAGUAGUAAGUGUGAUGAAAACUAUUGCUAAAUUUAAUGGACGUGUACUUAAGGUUUCAUUGUCGAAAAGAACUAUCAGUGCUUUACUGAAGCCAGUUUGUGAUAAUGCCUCGAAAACAAUUUAUGGUGAUUUUUCCAAAAGACAUAAAACAUUGAAACCUGUUAGUUCUGUGAAAGAAAGAUUUGUGCUAAAAUUAACACUCAAAAAGACAAGCAAAAACAAUUAUCAGAUCGUGAAGACUACCUCUGAAAAUGUUCUGAAAGCUAAAUUUAACUGUUGGUUUUGUGGUAGAGUAUUUGACAAUCAGGAUGCUUGGGCUGGUCAUGGGCAGAGACAUCUAAUGGAAGCCACUCGUGACUGGAAUAUGUUAGAAUAAUUUACUGUAGUUACCAAGGAAAAGAAAAGUAAAAUUAUCUUAGGAGAAAACAUGGGUCGAAUUACCUUAAGGCAGACGUUUUCUACUUCAGUAUAGUACCUAAAAUUGAGCAUCUGAAAGUUGGCUGAAUUUCCAUGGGAGACUAAAAAAGUUUCAUGUGUGAUAUUUGAAAAUGCUACCACUGCACACAUAAGUUUAGCAAGAAACUAAUUGCAGCACAGAUGUACCUUGAUUUAAUUUUUAAAAAUGUGUUCUUGGGAAGUUAGGGCUAAAGAAAAUUUUGAUAAAACAGUUUUCCCAAUUUAGUUAUAUAGUGACUCUUCGUAGAGGGUCAUGGCUGACAGCUGCAUCCCCUCUCUCCUUCACCAGCCUUAUGAAUCUGGUAACCAGUGUAGCUUCUCUGAAGAUGGAGGAGGCUCUUUCACCACGGAGCUGAAGGAGUUUCUCCUCAUUUGUGAAGACACACCAAGAGUUUGAGUAAAGAACUUAACUUUACAUCUGCUAAAUAUAGUUCUUUUUGAAGGGUAUUAGGCUCCUCUGAGAGCACAUUUAACAAACUACAGAUACACCACAUAAUGCUUGAACAGAGUUUUUCACAAGUAAAUCUCUUUUCUCUGCGCUGUGUCCCAAAUCAGGAAUUGGAAUACCUUCCCAAGGUGAUUUUCUUUUUCUAAAUGGCUAUGUCAGGCAUUAGUAGAUGGGCAGCCUCCAAAGAAUUAAACUCUCUUGAUCCAGUUUAAAGUCUGAUUAAAGAACUUGAACACUUGUCUGAAUUUGAUGAUAAUCUCCAGUGAUUCUUUUGCACAGAACUAUGCUUAUUUGAUUUAAAUUGUUUGUCCCCCAUAAACCAAAUGGCCAAUUUUUAUCUUGGUUUUCAUCCAUUUAAAAAGUGGAACAUAGAAGCACUUCCAAGGGAAUGGCUUUUCUUGAAAAUUAAGAAUCACUCUACAGAAACAAUAUUUUGAAGCAAGAUUAGCAAAGCAAAUCAGAUAUUUGCUCUUUAAUUACUAUAGGUGUCUGAAUAUGUACGUACACAUUGGGACAAACCAUUUUUGUUAGCACCUUUUUGGUCUCGCUGACAACCCAAAGCAGAUUAUUUUACUGAUUGUUGGCAGUUGAAAUGAAGAAGCAUUAAUAGUGGACUCAGUGGCAGGACAUAAAACUUCAGUACAGAUUCCUAGGGGAUAUACCCAGCAGGUAGAGUUUUAAAAUGGAUAUUUUCAGGACAAGAACAGAAUCAUCGACUGAAACUUCACCGUGUAAGUUUGGAUCAAAUUUUGUUGGAUUAUUGAAUAAUGGAGUUCUUAUAUUACAAAUUACUGUAUAAUUUUUGUUAUAUUGUUACUAUAAGUGUUAAAACAUUUUCAUUAAUUGAAAACUUCAGGGCUUCUUUUCUGUAUAUAAGAAAGAAUUUAAACCUGUACAUAUUUUUGUACCUUUCAGUUUGUUAUGUAAAUUUUGCACAGAAGAUUUUUGACAUAAAAAGUUUAUUUUCUUUCAAUUUAGUUCUGUGCAUGCACUAAUAAAACUGUUGUUUAAUUUAAAAGGAAUAUGUAAGACUUUACCCAUGUUAUUUUCUUGGUUUUUAUUUUCGAUGUAGAAUUUUUUUUUUUUUUGGGUAAAUUCAUUUUUCAGGGAUUGAACACUAUUGUUAGCAAGUGCCUAAAAGAUGUGAAACAGUUUACAUAUGUCAACUGUAACAGUAGGUCCCAAAUGGGCCCAUUUCCCCAAAAGUUUUAUUUUAAAGAAAGCCAUACAUAGAUGCUUCAAGCUAUCUUGCUAUGCACAUUAUACACAUGUACUUUUUUUGUGCAGUUUGUCUACUUUCCUAGUGAAGUAUUUUUUGUAUAAAACCUGUUACAAUUGUGUUUCUUAAAUUGAGCCUAAGAAUGGAGUUGAUUGGAAAUACACAGUAUAUAUUAAUAAUGUAUAUGGUGUUUAAAGAAUGGUAAGCAAUGUUAAUUUCUGUAAUGAAUAUUUUCAUCAAUUAAAUUUAUCUUAAGUUUG